GUGAAAUCGUAACUCGAUGCUCAAUUAACAGUCAACCGAACUUUGAAUUACUAAAUUAAAGAUCGAGUUACUAAACUUGAAUGUGGACGUUCAACAAAAAUAAAAAUGUAUAUUGCCCGAUGUUCGUAUCUCGAUGCCCGUAACUCGAACAUUUCAUUAAUGCUGACGUGGUACUGUGGUUCUUUGACGUGUGACAUAGUUUUCAUCAAUCCUUCGGCGAUAUGGCAUCUCUUGCUGGUAAAGUAGCUUUGAUAACUGGUGCUAGUUCGGGCAUUGGCGCUGGUACUGCCGGUCAUUUUGCAUCUCUAGGAUGUUAUUUGGCAUUGUGUGGACGAAAUGAAGAGAAUUUACAGAAAGUAGGAACAGCUUGUGAAGCUAAUGGUCUUGAUAAAGAUAAGGUUUUGUUAAUAGUAGGGGACCUAAGUAAAGAAGAAGACUGUAAAACUGCAGUUGAGAAGACAAUCCAGCAUUUUGGACAACUUGAUGUGCUGGUAAACAAUGCUGGUAUUCUGAUUAAUGGCACUAUUGAGACAGCUACCUUAGAAGAAUAUGAUACUAUAAUGAACAUUAAUGUGAGAUCUAUGUUUCACAUUACAAUGUUGUCUGUACCUCAUCUCAUAAAAACAAAAGGAUCUAUUGUGAACGUCUCAAGUGUUGCUGGCUUGAGGUCGUUUCCGGGUAUUUUGCUUUACAAUAUGUCAAAGGCAGCAGUUGACCAGUUCACAAACACUGUUGCAUUAGAAUUAGCUUCAAAACAAGUCAGAGUUAAUUCAGUCAAUCCUGGUGUUAUCAUAACAGAAGUUCAUAAGAGAGCAGGAAUGAGUGAUGAAAAGUAUACUGAAUUCUUGGAGCGAUCCAAAACCACUCAUGCACUUGGUCGUCCUGGUACCACAGAAGAAGUUGCUAAAGCGAUAGCAUUUCUUGCAUCUGAUGACUCCUCUUUCAUUACUGCAACCCAGCUACCACUUGAUGGAGGACGGCAUGCAAUGUGUCCAAGAUAA